AUGGGGUGCACCAGCAGCCACCAGCGCCUCCCCAGGGCAUCUGGGUCGAGGUUGGCAGCGUCAAUUUGGCCCCUUCCUGAAGACCUCCAAGAUUCGAACUUCCUCCACAUUGAAGCCUCAGAUUCUUCUAAAACUAUCACUGUAGUGGAUGGGACCUUGUCGCUUCCUAUGUCAAGUUUGGCAAAGCCAAUUCGGCCCCUUCCUGAAGACCAUGAAAAUUUGGAGCUGCAAGUUGAAGUCCUGGAUCCUUCUAAAACCAUAACCACGCCGGUUGGGAUAUUUUCGCUUCCUGCAGAGUUGAUAUGUCACAUUCUGCUUCUCCUUCAUUUCAAAGACCUUUCUUGUUGUGUAUUAGCCUGCAAAACCUUCUGGCAUGUGGCCCAGAGUUUCGCCGACAUUCAAUGCUUAUUCGAGCUUUAUGCUCAGGGCUUCACGGAGACUCCUACCUUGGACUGGGUCGACGUUUCUAGCAAGAUGUAUUCACUCAAGAGAUUGGCAUCCAUGUGGCGGUCUGACUUCCAUUUGAACACCACUUUUGAAGAAACAGUGGCUAUCGGUAUCAUCAACCACUCUCCUGACAUGCAAUCCGUGAAGUGUGGACUUUGGUGGAUGUACGCUAACUGUAGACUCUUCAUUCGGGAGUGUGACACAAACACCAAACCAACCCAGAUGUGGCCGGAGCAGAGAUAUGCCUUGCCUUCUACGAGGUCAGUUGUCAUUGACCCUCUACAGGACCUUGCGGUCGCAGCGUCGUUCGAAACCCGUCAUAAUCAAGAUCGUCACAUCUUUUCGGUGGCAUUUCGGUUGGCUUCAUCACAACGUCCACACCCAGAUUCUGCAUGCACUUCCUUGAAAUGCGAGCAUCCUUGUUACAUGGUACCUGAGAAUCUUUUUCACUUCGUGGAUCAGCCUGCGAUCUGUGGGGAUCGUGUAGUGGUACUCUAUUAUACGAGUGACAUCAGUUCACUGGGGAUAUGGGUGUCGAACAUCUUCAUACAAGUAGUAGAUUGGAGGAAAGGACGUGCGAAGGGUUAUCCUUUAUACGAACUAGGUGGGACAGAUGCGAGUUUCCAUCUACUAGACGAACAGAGGAUCAUUGUCAUCGGUUCGAAAGGCCGUAUGGCCUUGUACACACUUGCAGAACACGAUGGUUUGCCUCAGCUCCGAAUUGCGUAUCUCCUUCCGAAUGUGCGGCUGGACCUUAGUUCCUAUUUCGAUCCAGGACAAAUCAGAGUCAGACCGAUCUAUGUGAUCCAUGCCUCCCCGUCGUUCCACGGUGCGGUGGCUCGCCCAAACCUUAUGCCCGACUAUGUGACCUCUACGGAGUCACAAAUCAUUGUUUUGGAGGUCCUGUCGCGCUCAUGGCAGGUGAUUUUAGUCGUCGAUAUGGCCAUUUUCUCAGCGAAGGCCACACACUCAGAGAUACCCGUCGAGAUUCCCUGGUCAGAGUGGGGACCCAAGUACGCACGCUGCUUUCCGCAUCAUCCAAGCCACCGAAUCAGCGUGUUCGGCAGCAAAAUGGCAUAUGCUCUGCCUCAGGAUCAUACUCCUGAACCUGGACAAAGACUGGAUGAACUCCCUGCCGAGGGUUCCUUCUACGUGCAUAUCUGGGACUUCAAUAGAACUAUUGCUCACUCGGAACGUUCGGACAAUGUCUACGACCACAAUUCACCAGGUCGUCUCAUCCGCAGGCCCGGUCGGCUGGCUCAGACGUGCUUCAACAAAGACGAUGGAGACAUUAUCACGAAUCAUCCUUACACUACUGCUGUCUGCCCCACGGGUUUCUCGACGCGUUACUUUGACCGUUUUUUUUUGGAACAGGAUCGACUUACUUUGAUAUGGGUAGGCGUGCUUGGUAUGGAUACAGGAAUGUUUUAA